AUGAAAAACGGUCAGCUGCAGGCCACAGGCGAUUACAAGGAAAUCGAAUUGAAAUAUCCGCAUAUCGUUGCCAAAUGGCAAACAGUAAUUGCCAAAGUCAAUCAGCAGGCAGAGGAAGAAGAGAGCAACGUGGCUGCUGCUGGGAGAACAGCGCGUGAACGUUGGAAAUUAUACCAGAAUGUUGCGAAAUUAGGCCUGCAGCGCACAAAGUCCAGCAAAGUUGUGGCAACAAAAAUAAAGGCGAAAGCAAAAAUAAAUAACGCUCGUACAGAGUUGCGCGAAAUAAUUGUUUUGGAUAUGAAUGAAGGCGUUGGAGGCGAUAUGGCUUCCAUUGGCGAUGCAGUUGUAGCGAUAACUGGCCGUGAAGUUGGUCUGGCAGCAUUUGCUGACAAAGCUGACGACAUGACUACUGCUGCGGUUGUUAUGGACAACGUGGCUGAGUUUGAAGAAGUUGAGGCUGUGGAGGAUGAAGACGAUGACGACGAUGACGAUGACGGCAACGGCGAUGACGAUAGCAAUGACGAGGACAAUGAAGAUGAAGAAGAAGAUUUGAUGCCUGUG